CCUGUCAGUGUGGAGGAGAAAGAGAGAGAGGCUGAGAGACUGAGUGAUAGAGAAAGCGCACGCGAGAGUAAGAGAGAGAGAGAGAGAGAGAGCGAGAGCAACUGUGUGACAGAGGGAAAGAGAACGAGGCAGGCUGCUUAGAGGAGUGAGAGAGCCAAGGACGAAAUAAGGAACACAUUUUACAAGUGCAGAAAGAGGGAGGAUCGCAGACGAGGGACUCCUUCUCUACUGGGCACCUGGGACACAGUCACCGUGUUUUUUUCCCCCCACUCGUCUUCUAUCUGGAACCCAGUGGAUUUGCCUAACCAACCGGUGGAUUUUUUAAUACACGCUUCUGCCAUAUCAUUUAGAAAACUGGGAUCAUUUCUCUGUGUUAUCUGCCCUCCUGCUGGCUCGACCGCUACGGACUGUGUGUGUGCGCGCUCGGCUCGGUGUUGUGAUUCUGCUCCGUGCGCAAAGUGCAUCUGUCGGCAACCGGUGCUGAGGAUAUCUCCCCUCUGUCAAACAGGACAGCACUCAGCCACCGUCGGAUCAGACCACAGAGGAGAGAGAGCGAGAGAGAGAGAAGAGAGAGAGAGAGAGAGAGAUAGACUGUGUGUGUAUGUAAGAGAGGGACAGAGAGACAGAGAGGGGCAGUGAGAGAGAGUCAGAUUCACAGUGUGUCUGAGAGAGAGGCAGAUUAAAGCCCCGGCGAAAGACUGGAGUGAAACAGCUCAAAUAGAGAAGUGAACCUAUAACGUCCUCUCCCGUUUUCCUUGCCAUCCCUUUCCUCCUUCUCUCCUCCUCUUCUUCCUUCUCCCAUUUUCCAACAUUCACAGGACAGACAGAGAUACUGCCACCUGCACCUCUUCACGUCUUCUCUUUCCUCUACUUCCUCUACCUCACCCUUAUCGCGCGUUACUAUCCGAUACCAGCCACUGACGGACACGGCGCACUUGGUUCUAGCACUUGUGGAAAUAUUUCCAUUGAUCCAGCAGUGAGAGACUGAGUGAGCAUCCGCCCGACACUGAGGCUCAGGACCGGUGAGGCACCGAGCUUCCCCAUCAGAGGCAGACUUUCUCCCAGCUGCUGUCCGGCACGCAGACCCCGUCUUCUCCCCGGAGGACCGGCUAGCGACACUGAAAAUAAUCGCACAGCCCCUCCGCUGCCACUAUCCCAUUGCUAGCUACUUGGCAGCUUCCGUCGCCCCCCCCCCCAUCCCCCCGUGUCACCAUUCCCUGCCUCAGUGCUAAGGAUUCCAGCUACAUGGGCAAGCGAUUGGAGCAGCAGCCAAUGUACCCUCAGUACACCUACUACUACCCCCACUAUCUCCAGACCAAGCAGCCCUAUGCUCCACCCCCUCAUCCUAUGGCUCCUCCCAGCCCUAGCACCAACAGCUGCAGCCAGGGAGGGGCGGAGCAGCUGAGUAAGACCAACCUGUAUAUCCGAGGCCUGCCACCUGGGACCACCGACCAGGACCUCAUCAAACUCUGCCAACCGUAUGGAAAAAUAGUGUCAACCAAGGCCAUUCUGGAUAAGAACACCAACCAGUGCAAAGGCUAUGGCUUUGUGGAUUUUGACAGCCCAGCUGCAGCACAGAAGGCCGUGUCGUCUCUCAAAGCCACCGGGGUGCAGGCCCAAAUGGCCAAGCAACAGGAGCAGGACCCCACCAACCUGUACAUCUCCAACCUGCCGGUGUCUAUGGAUGAGCAGGAGCUGGAGAACAUGCUGAAGCCCCUGGGGCACGUCAUCUCCACCAGGAUACUGAGGGAUGCCAACGGGGUCAGCAGAGGAGUCGGCUUCGCCAGGAUGGAGUCCACAGAGAAAUGUGAAGUAGUGAUACAGCAUUUCAAUGGGAAAUACCUGAAAACCCCGCCAGGCAUUCCAGCUCCAACGGAGCCUUUGCUGUGCAAAUUUGCCGACGGAGGGCAAAAGAAACGCCAGAGCCAGAGCAAGUAUCCUCAGAACGGGAGGCCGUGGCACAGAGAAGGCGAGACUGGCAUGGCGUUAACAUAUGAUCCCGCUGCAAUGCAGAAUGGGUUCUACUCCUCGCCUUACAGCAUCGCCACCAACCGCAUGAUUGCACAGACCUCCAUCACGCCCUUCAUCGCUGCUUCCCCAGUUUCCACAUAUCAGGUCCAGAGUACGUCAUGGAUGCCUCAUCAACAAUAUGUUAUGCAACCUACAGGUGCAGUGAUCACGCCAGGCAUGGACCACACUAUGUCCAUGCAGCCUGCCAGCAUGAUGGGCCCUCUCGCCCAGCAGAUGAACCAUCUGUCCCUGGGCACUACAGGAAGUUACAUGACUGCUGCAGCUGCCGCGGCGCCUAUGCAAGGGACCUACAUUCCCCAGUACACUCCUGUGCCUCCAACAGCCGUCCCUGUCGAAGGAGUGGUGACGGACGCCUCCCCCCAGACAGUGGCUCCCUCGUCACAGGAGGUGGCUGGCCAGCAGCAACAGAUCCAGGUGGACAGUUCUGCCGACCAUGUUGCUGCUUACUCAUACCAGUCCAAAUAGCAUCGGCCUGAGUGAAUGUUCCUGUGACAGCGUUGCCUUGAGACAGAAGGUGGCUGCACUGUGAAUGGGAGGAAAAGAAAGAGAUUGCUUCUAGAUUGCCCAGGCACCAAAAAAGAGACACUUUUUUCAUUUCCUACCUGGCCUGCGAGAAAAAAAGAGAGAAAAAAAAUGCAAGGAGGCAAAGAGUGCUGAGGAAGGGGAUGGGGAAAUUGCUGGGCACAGUGCAAAGAAGUGAAAUUGUUUAGUCUGGGAACCUGCCUGAAGGGCUGGGCUGAAGCUUGAAAAGUUUCUCAAAGAAAAUUCUCAACCAAUUAAAAGAAAAAGAAAAAAACAAACAAAUAAAAAAUGACAAAAAAAAAGGUUGAAUGCGCAGGUAGGUGAUGAAGUUUAUUUUGUAAUUAGAAAAGGGGAGUCAAGUUUGAGAUACACACAGAGAUUGUCUUCCUCAGAUAUUAAGCUACAAUUUCUUUUCACUCUUUUUUAUGUUCUAGUGUUAAAUUUUAGUUUUCUAGAUAUAUUCGAAAACCAAGUGUUUUUUCUUUCUUGAAUCUUCAUGGCCUUAAUUUGAAGGGCGGCAGAAACUUUUUACAGAGUUAAAGUCUGACGUCUGUUUAGGAGGAAAAAAAGAAAACAAAGUCAGUCUCUUGUACCACUUGGAGGGUACAAGACACUGGGUGAGUUGUUCUAAAGAGGAAAAAAGAAUCUAUCACAUAAGCUGUACAGAUUUAAUAGAGAAGAGCUUUUUUUCUUUUCUUCAUUAGAAGAAAACUUUGAUAAUUAUUAUGUCAGAGGUAACUAAGUGUCAGAAGAAAACAAAAUGUCUGUUGGGGAAAAAGACUUGGGGGGGAAAAGAAGCUUUGAAGAGAUUUUUCACAAUGAGGAAAAAAUGAAAACAUAAGAAAACAUGCUGCAUUGUGGAUGCAGUCUGUUGCAAAUGCUGAACUUAUUUUUUAUUAUCAUAAUUAUUAUUUUACAUGGCAAAGUUGCUGUCAAUGACAUUAGUGCUUUUUAUCUGCCACAUUUUACCUUUUUUAUGAGCUUUAAGAUGUUUUUAGCCCGCUUUGCUUGUCACACUGCAAAAAAAAAAGAAAAAAAAGAAGAAAAAAAUUAUAAAAUUAACAAAAAAAAACUACGGAAAUAAAUUCUGGCAGUGAAAUAAAAACAGUAGAUUCAGUAGGAGCUUACGGUUUAAACCAAUCAGUGCAACAGCAAUAGAAGAAAUUGUUGACAAUUUCUGUAGUCUUUCCUAGUCGUGGAUCAAAUGCAGCCCAUGGAUGGCCAUUUUUAUACCAAAGAUGAAGAGACACUCUGAACCAGAGUUUUGUUUUGUUUUGUUUCGUUUUCCUUUUCAUUUUUCAGUUUGAUUUUGUUGUUGUUGAUGUUGUUGUUGUUGAUGAUGUUAAUGUUGAUAUUGUUGUUGUUGAUGUUGCUGUUGUCGUUGUUUUUUAUUUGACCUUGAUGGCCGGACCAGUCCUUACUAUCCUUCUUAACAUCUACUUUUUCACCGGGUUUAAUCUAGUUUUCCACGGUUGUCCAAGCUGUCACACACACACACACACACACACACACACACACACACACACACACACACACACUUACACGUAUCUAAACAUACGCACUUACUGUACAAACUCAAACACACACACAUCAAACAGUAUUUAAAGUGUGAUACAACCAGUGGAAGUCUUACCAAAAGUCCUUUUUUCUUCACCUCCUCUUGUCUUUUGGUUUCUUUGUAUGUCUCAUCACUUUAAGAUGCUUUCACACACCGUGGGUGCAUUCCACCUCUCUCUCUCUCUCAGAUCCUGCAGGGAAAACUUUAAGAAACAGAUUGGGGAACGUUGCUUGCUACGCUUCAUGGUUGUCGACACAUUGCUUCCAGCUUCAUCCCCUCAGUGCUUUCUGUCCUCAGUCUCUUUAUCUCUUUAAUUCACCCAUAACUAACUCAGCAUUCUGAGCUUCAGUGUUGAAAUGGGAAUCUACCUGCUGCUGUUUGACCUUCUGUUUAUCUCUCUCAUGUGUCACCAAACCUAGCUCACCUUUUUGAGUAUGUACCUGCUUGGCAUACCAGAUGAGUGGUGUUUGCUGCAUUUUGGACAUCAGGUAAGUCUUUAGCAAGGAUUGCAUAAACUUUAUGGCACUUAAUGGUAUUGACUUAAUUUAUUUGGCAACCAAAACAUAUUAAAACCAAGAAUAAGUAAUAAAAAUGCUCAAAUGUAUAAUUUGACAUUUUUCAGAAAUUAGCUUUUUUGCUUUCUUCAUUAGAGUUCGAUGAGAUUUGUUUCACUCUCUUGUCUGUAUGGUAAAUAUAAAGCUACUGCUAACAGCUAGUUAGCGUAGCUUAGCACAAAGACUGGAAACAGGGGGAAACAGCUAGCCUGGCUCUAUCUGAAGGUAACAAAAGCCCCCCACCAACAACUCUAAAGCUCAAUAAUUGAGACGUUUUAUUUAAUCUGUACGAAAAAGUGUAAAAACGACACCCUGUGGUUUUACAGAGGGUAAUGUGACGGACUAUUUCUUGGCCACGCUCAGUAAUUUAUUGGAGUCUUGUCAACACCGUGAGCUUGACACCAGCAGAGAAUGCUGGAAGAAACUGUGAAGAAAUGUCACACAAUUCCUUUAAAACACAUCUGAACAGAAGCAAGACCUGUUUGCAUUAUAGGAGUACCAGACUGUCUGUCUUGAUCAUCCCCCUGAUCAUUUACCCACCACAAGCAGGGGAGGUCAGCACACUUGUGGGAACUAACUAGGCUCCUCACCAGCCAUAACAAGAUGUUGAUGGCAGCUCCUACCACUGAGUGUCAGUUACACCCCUGGUUGUCCCAAUUUGUUGCACAAGCAACCCCGUCACAUCUUAUCCGGUCUUUCCAUCCCAGUGCUGUGUGAGGUUUUCAAUGAUUUCAUCUCUGAGGAUUGUCCCCUAAAGAAAUUGCCUGUGGGACAGGGGCCAUUUCUGCCCCCAUUACAGCAGCCUUUGUGUGUCGGGAGCGCUGUGUGUCUGCUCUGUUGGCCCAUGCCCGCUCGCUCCGCCCCACUGUGGGGCUACAGCGCUAAAAAGAUGCCGUUUUCUCCCUGCUUCGUAGGCACCAUUAAUGUGCCAUGGCCAAGCCAGGGACCUUUUGCUCUCAUUUUCCCUCAUUCUCUCCCUCUUUCCCCCCCCCCUCUCUCUGAGGUUUCUUCUCUUUAUUGGAUGGUGCAGAAGCAGAACCGCAAACCAAUUUCAGUCACUCUCGCAAUGAGGCUUGACGGGCCCAAUUUGUCUCCCUCCGGGGCAAUAGGAUCCACUCCAGUGUCCCUCAAAAGACCCCUUUCUUCCAGACAGAGGGAGCUUUUUGUUUGGUGACAAUUGCAAUUGAGCUCUUGCAGUUCAUGUGACUCAUUCAAAUCUAAGUCGUGUUGGCGUGUUGUGCAGGCGAGAUACGUCAUCAUGCGUGGCGAUGUUUGUAUCUCACAAUCAAAUUAUACAUCCAGUGCCUUUUAACAAAGCUUCCAAAUGAUUCCAAAUGAUCUGUGCGAUAGCAAACAGAAGAGCUUGUUUAAUUCAGUUGUGCUAAAGAAACCAUAUGGAAGCUACUCUAUGGUGCUAAAGAGGAAGCAUUCUCGGGCUUGUGCCUUCAUUGAUCUGUGACGAGCCGGCCACUGUUGAUCAUUUGGCUAACUCGCUCUUAACAAGCCACCUGUCCACUUGAAGACACACAAAAACACAGGCACUCAAGUUUCUCAACUUAACUACACUUUUAAAGCCAUAUGUACAUUUUUCUUUUCCUCAGUCAGCGUUAAUACCUGCUGCUCAUUCUUAUCUUCCAUCCGCCAACGGAGGUCAAAGGCCAAAUGUAUCAUUCAAACUGUCUCUCAUUGACUGUUUAACUGUUUAUUAUCCAAUCAAAUCAACACCUGCCCUUUUCCCUUUAUCUGAUCUGCCACUCCAAAUCUGCGUCAAGGCUAUGAUUUGCACUUAUCUCCCAACGAACAAGUCUCUGCCACAUUACAGUCUUUAACGGCUAACAACUGGCAAAUGUUGAGAUUUAGAUCUCCCUGGACUUUCCCACAUCGCUCAUCUGUUAGUUAUUGUUGCUUGAACUCACUGUUUUCCAUUUCUGAGUCAUUUUAAGUGUGAACAGAGCUGCUAAACUAUGACUGUACCAGUUUUAAGCUAGUAUGUGUGUGUCAGUGUGUGUACAUGAAGAGUUCUUCAAUUUAACAGUUCAACUUUUAGCGAGGUUACGAAUGCAGCAUAGAUAUAACUGAGUUCUCUAGACUUUUUCAACUUCUGUUUUAUAAUAGUAGUAUAGAAGAGAUUUUUGAAGCUUAAUAGGACUCAUAAUGCAGGAGUUGCACGUUGGUGAGCAGAGCGUCCCAUAAAUGGCCUGAGAUUCAAUAGUAAUGCCAUUAUGGGGGAAUAGGAUUACUAAUAGCCAAGAGAUUAUGGAAAUAAUGCACAACAAAGAAUAUCAGAUUUUGCUAGUGGAGAUUCAAGAUAUAGAAUGUUUCGGCAGGUGUUUGCUUUUGGUGUAAAGAUUACCAGACUGAACAAACAGAAAUGGCUUUUUCUUAAUAGCACAAUGGCAUAAUGUACCUUUUUAGAAUACCAAUACCUUUGUGGAAGUGUACAGAAGGCAUGCCAGCAAUUUUAAGUAGGCUGUAGCAGGAAACGCUCUGCUCCCAGUCAGCCCAUAUGUCAGCACAAACCAGGAGUCAGCUAUACCAAGAGAGAAAGUGUAUGUGUGUGAAAGAAAGGGAGGCGUAUCAUUAGCUGCUGUUGCCGGGCAGAAGUGGACAAUAGCCCGGAGUUUCUUAGUCUUCAUGCAGCAGUAUGUCCCCUGUCCAGGACUCAAGGAGGGGACCAGCUCGACUCAUCAGCAACACUCACUCUUCCUUUCCUACACCGUCACGUCUAGACAGACUCGUUCUCUCCUUUCUACAGAGUCUAUCCUCAUUUCCCACCUAUUCCAUCCUUAAGUUACCUUACGACUACUUUCCAUCCAUCCGUUUGCAUCAGUUGCAUUCCCUUCCUUUCCCCCUUCUUCAAGUCCACAUCAGCAUCCUUUUCCGACUCCAAUCUGCUGCUCUUUCAUCAUCUUAGGAUCUCAUCCACUCUUAGAGAAGAUUGGCCAGACAUCGAGGGUUUGCAACAUGACAUCGUGUCCUCUUGUGCUAAUUUUGACACGUUUAAUUAAUCAAUACAAUCGGCAUAGUUGUGACCUGUGCAUGAGCAUGCUAGAGCCCUCUAGAUCGAUCAUUUGUGAAACGUGAGGCUUCCACCAUUUGCAAUCUGUGUCCAAGCACUCCUCGCAAAUAGCUUUUGUGAAACGGGUUUAUGGAUUAUAGGCCAAGUUGCCACCAUCACAUCAUCAUUUUCUAUUAUUCCUCUACAGCAGGUUGGUGUAGGAGUGUCCUUGUCAUUCAUAUUGCUGAGUAAACCUGAACCCUACUAGUGCUUGAACACCAUUAAUGCUUUGCCUGCUUAAGUGUCAGGACUAUAUUGUUUUCUGCCAUAUUGCCAAAAAGACAAAACAAAGUUUAUGCAAUCAUUAGUCAUUAGUUAUUAUUAUUAUUAUUAUUAUUAUUAUUAUCAUUAGCGUUAAGAAACCUUUUGUGAAAUUAAUUGCUUAUUUUACAAUAUCUGAAAUACCCCAAUGCAGUAAAUCUCACUCAUCUGGUGCCUGAAGGACGUGUAAUCACAUGCUCAGGAAUUGCUUUUCUUGAUACAGGAAGAAGGAAGAACACUGUACACACAGAGCGCAUGGUUCCCGUCACUCCUCUGUAGACGCUCUCUCUCUACGAGGUAUCUUCUGUGAGCUCUCUAAAAUACCGGAUAAAUACAGAUCUUGAGACUUUACCUACAUCCUGGUCUUCUCUAGUGUCAGUGUCACGGUGAGGUACUUUACUUCAUUGUAAAAAAAUCAGUUUUCUCAAUCCGUCCCUAACUCACCAUUUCUCACAAUCACUGCCGCCAUCAUAAAAGGAGACAUGAUCCAGAAAGUCAUGUGUGUAGUGUGGCUUCCACACUGUCCUUAGAUGUAUUACAUGUCAUACUCAGUUAUUUCGACGGGUACCUUGUGAAGGAGUUGUGGUCAUUUCACAUUGAUUCUCGUGUUAGAAAAACAGUUGUUCAGAGUUACUCUCCAAUCCUGUCUCCCACAGAGUGUAAAGGACAACCGUGGCUCAAUUACUCACCACAGACCAGCACACACACACUCACACUCUGCACACACAUAACGCAGUGGGAAAAUUGCUCAAACUGCCCCCGACAAGAGCGAGGUCCUGUGAUUUUUAAUUGAUGCCUCGGACCACCUUUGAUGAGAGCUAUUGAUUGGCCACACAACCCCAGGAGUGCAGCCAGCCAGCACAGCCCUCGUGGAGUUCAAACAGCUUCCUGAGAAAUACAGAAUCCAAAAAUCACUAGGAAAUGGCCGACCAAAUUGUGUUAGAGAUAGUCAGCACAGAAAGUGCGUUAGGCAUGGGAUUCAUUUACCAGAUAAAAAGAGGAACUAUUUAUUAAGACAGCAGAGCGGUUUUAAAAAAUUAAUUGAGUUAGUUUUCUCUUUUUGUUGUUUUCGUUUGUUUUUCCCUUUUCUUUGUUUCAGCGCCGAGGAGGACAUGGUCACGCCUCGCACACGCUGCUCAGUGUGUGUGAUCUUUGAGAAACUAUCUGUACAUCUGUGGAUGUUAGAAUUUGACUUGGGUUUUAUGAGUUGUUGUUUUCUUUUUCUCUGAUGAAGCUUUCAAUAAAAAAAAUGUGGAAAAAAGCA